AAUAUUUUUUAAAUAGGAGUACCCAGUUUUUUAAGUGCAAUGCAGGUAAAUUUUAUCUAUGUCUACCUAGAUCUAAGUUAAACAUUGCGAUCCAAUGUUCGUGAUUUGAUCUUUCGAACUAAUUGUCUAAUUCAUCCACUCAUUUACACGGAGCUAUUGUAGAAGAAAUAAUUGAGUGGAUGAAAGACCUAUGUGUGCGUCGCUUCAUUUAUAAGUAUCCAUUGAAUUUUUGACAUCUUUCUGUUUUCAUCCGCUUUAUUUUCUUUCUCUUCAUUUCAUAAAUUAUGCGAUUUGUAAAUUAGGCAUGUGCAAGAUUCACGAAUUUCAAGUUCGAGAACAAUUUUCUAUCGGUUGAAAGUGGUUCCUCUGUUGUUUUGGACAAUGCGUUCAGAUCUUGUGCAUUUUAUGCCUGCUCGCUGGUUUUUUUUUUUAUCAACUUCAACGGCGUUAUAUUCCACUCAGGGUUGUUACUCUGGACCACACAUGAGUAGCGAAUGAUACUAGUUUCAUUAACUUGAUAAUUUCACUCUUGCAAAUGCCUCAAAAACUAAUAAUUGUUGCGCCACAAAACAUCGUAACAGAAGAUUAUGAGGUUAAAUGUAUAAUCUAAAGCUGCGAAUCUUGAGAUAGCUGUUUGUAAACUAUUCAUUUUCAUGUUUUCCAUAAACGGACGGACAUGACGUGCGAUUAGUGAUAGAUCGAUGCAAACCAACUCAUUGGGCUUGGAAAUUGAGGUACAACCGUCAUGGUCCAUCGUAUUCAUCUGUAGCUAUCUUGUGGAUAAAGUGAAUAAUCUACGUCGAUAAAAAUGUUUUAACGUUGUAAAGGGUUUGAAUGGAACGAGCGAGUGAGUUUCUUGAAAAUACAUACUAAUGUAAACAUUUUUUUCCAAUCUUAGUGACGGUCUGCACAUUUGGAAUCAUCUGCUUACCGAGGAUACUAUGUCGAAGGUUAAACGACAUUGAGUCGUAGUCAAUUUUAAAGAUUGCCUGUGUUAUGAAAUGGUAUGAUGAGACUUUUUGCCAUGUUCAAGCAAAUAUUUGCCUAAUUUUUUAGAUCAAUAGGCGUUACCGUUAGUCUUGUAACGACAAAAAUAUUUUCAUCCUUUCACAAAUCUGCAUCUAUAGCUCUCAUUUCAUGCAUCGAGGAUUGAAAACUUCCAUAGUGCAAUUGAGAAGACAAGCUUUGUUUCUCCAUUUAUCAUUUUUUUACAUACGGUUUAUAAUGAUUGGAUUUUGGUUAGGACUCUUGAUCGUAAUGAAAUGUUUUGUAUCAAUGGUACCAGGUGACUUUGAUUAGGUUAUAUGCUCGCCAAAUUUUGCAAUAGCAGUUCAAAAAGUUUCACCAUAUCCUACAGGCUGUAAAUAAGAUUAUCCAGUCUAAUAGAAUGAGUGGUUUGAAUGCCAAUAUUAUUAAUAACGAGAAUGAGUUGAUUUUUAGAUGGCUAAAGUAUUUUACGAUGUGGAAGACUUGAGCGGGGCUCUGCUCCUUAUGGCGCCAACCAUUCACGCGGUAAGACACCAGAUGUUGGAUCGAGGACUUACACAGAGAUCAUGCGCGAGCAGUUUCUCAAAGGAGAGGAAACGGAGUUGAGGAAAAAAUUGGUAGAAAAAGCCAAAGACGGUACCCUGAAGGCCAACGGGGAACCCAAACCUGCUCCAAAAAAACGUGGCCGAUGGGAUCAAACGGACGACACGCCAGCAGCAAAAAAAGCCGCUGGUACAGCAGCCACUCCGACCUCUUGGGAUAAUGCCGACGUUACACCAGCAGCGAUACGGUGGGACGAGACCCCUGGCCACGGCAAGGGAGGCGAAACACCAGGGGCGACUCCCGGAGUGAGCACGAGAAUGUGGGAAGCCACUCCGGGUCAUGCUACACCAGGUGCGGUUACCCCUGGGCGUGAAACUCCUUCGCACGACAAGGCUGCGUCCAAUCGAAGAAAUCGUUGGGACGAAACUCCAAAAACCGAAAGAGAAACUCCUGGACAUAACAGCGGAUGGGCUGAAACUCCAAGGACCGACAGAGUCGCCGGUGACCUGAUACAGGAAACCCCUACGCCGUCGGCCAGCAAAAGACGCAGUCGUUGGGACGAGACACCGUCGAAUCAAACACCUGGUUCCAUGACCCCGCAAACGCCUGCGACGCCGCUCACCACACCUCAUCAAAGUUCCAUCCUAACCCCCAGCGGUGUCACACCCACCGGGCCAAAGGCGAUGGGACUAGCAACUCCGACACCUGGUCAUCUGAUGUCGAUGACUCCGGAGCAACUUCAAGCUUAUCGUUGGGAGCGUGAAAUCGACGAGCGCAAUCGACCGCUCUCCGACGACGAACUGGACGCCAUGUUUCCCCCUGGCUACAAAGUACUCCAGCCACCCGCAGCGUACGUCCCGAUUCGGACUCCUGCGAGAAAGUUGACCGCCACUCCGACCCCCAUAGCGGGUACUCCCCAAGGAUUUUUCAUACAGCAAGAAGAUAAGAGCGCCAAAUUUGUCGACAAUCAACCCAAGGGAAACCUGCCCUUCAUGAAACCGGAGGACGCCCAGUACUUCGAUAAGCUCUUGGUGGACGUCGACGAGGAGUCCCUGAGCCCGGAGGAGCAAAAGGAGAGAAAAAUAAUGAAACUUUUACUGAAAAUAAAGAACGGCACUCCGCCCAUGCGCAAGGCGGCGCUGAGACAGAUCACGGAUAAAGCCAGAGAGUUCGGGGCAGGGCCUCUCUUCAACCAAAUCCUUCCGCUCCUCAUGUCACCCACCUUGGAAGACCAAGAGCGUCAUCUCCUCGUCAAGGUCAUCGACCGUAUUCUGUACAAACUGGACGACCUGGUCAGACCGUACGUCCACAAAAUACUCGUGGUGAUCGAACCGUUGCUCAUCGACGAAGAUUACUACGCUCGUGUCGAGGGCAGAGAGAUAAUAUCGAACCUGGCGAAGGCCGCGGGAUUGGCUACGAUGAUCUCCACGAUGCGACCCGACAUCGACAACAUCGACGAGUACGUCAGAAAUACGACGGCCAGAGCGUUCGCUGUCGUCGCCUCAGCCCUGGGGAUCCCAUCUCUGCUUCCCUUCCUCAAGGCCGUGUGUCGCAGCAAGAAAUCGUGGCAGGCGCGGCACACCGGUAUCAAAAUCGUUCAGCAAAUCGCCAUUCUGAUGGGAUGCGCCAUACUGCCUCACUUAAAAAGUCUCGUUGAAAUCAUCGAACACGGUCUGGUCGAUGAGCAACAGAAAGUCAGAACGAUCACCGCUCUGGCCAUAGCAGCCCUGGCCGAAGCAGCUACGCCCUACGGUAUCGAGAGCUUUGACUCCGUGCUGAAACCUCUUUGGAAGGGUAUUCGUACCCACAGAGGCAAGGGGUUGGCGGCCUUUCUGAAAGCUAUCGGUUACCUCAUCCCUCUCAUGGACGCCGAGUACGCGAAUUACUACACUCGUGAAGUGAUGUUGAUCCUGAUCAGAGAGUUCCAGUCUCCGGAUGAAGAAAUGAAGAAAAUCGUCUUGAAGGUCGUCAAACAAUGCUGCGGCACGGACGGUGUCGAAGCUCAGUACAUAAAGGAUGAAAUCCUCCCGCACUUCUUCAAACACUUUUGGAAUCACCGUAUGGCUUUGGAUCGCAGAAAUUACAGACAGUUGGUCGACACGACGGUGGAGAUUGCAAACAAAGUUGGAGCAUCGGAGAUAAUAAACAGAGUGGUAGAUGACCUCAAGGACGAAAAUGAGCAGUACAGAAAGAUGGUUAUGGAAACUAUUGAAAAGAUAAUGGGUAACUUGGGAGCUGCUGACGUGGACUCUAGGUUAGAAGAACAACUCAUCGAUGGCAUUCUUUACGCAUUCCAAGAACAGACGACAGAGGACGUCGUAAUGCUCAAUGGAUUCGGAACCAUAGUCAACACCCUCGGUAAAAGGGUUAAAGCUUAUCUCCCCCAGAUAUGCGGUACAAUUUUGUGGCGUCUCAACAACAAGUCGGCUAAGGUACGACAACAAGCUGCAGACCUGAUCUCACGUAUCGCCGUAGUUAUGAAAACUUGUCAGGAGGAGAAAUUAAUGGGUCAUUUGGGGGUCGUUCUAUACGAAUACCUCGGUGAAGAGUACCCAGAAGUAUUGGGAAGCAUUCUAGGUGCCUUAAAAGCCAUCGUCAACGUCAUAGGAAUGACCAAAAUGACGCCACCGAUAAAAGAUCUGCUGCCACGUCUGACGCCAAUUUUGAAAAACAGACACGAGAAGGUACAAGAGAACUGCAUCGAUCUGGUUGGUAGAAUCGCGGACAGGGGACCUGAGUACGUUUCCGCUCGAGAGUGGAUGCGAAUUUGUUUCGAAUUGUUAGAAUUACUCAAGGCGCACAAAAAAGCGAUCAGAAGAGCUACGGUCAACACUUUCGGAUACAUCGCAAAAGCGAUUGGACCCCACGACGUAUUGGCAACGUUAUUGAACAAUCUGAAGGUUCAAGAGCGGCAGAAUCGCGUCUGUACGACAGUUGCGAUUGCUAUUGUGGCGGAGACCUGCAGUCCCUUCACGGUUUUGCCCGCGCUAAUGAACGAGUACAGAGUGCCGGAAUUGAAUGUUCAGAACGGUGUGUUAAAAUCACUCUCAUUCCUUUUCGAGUACAUCGGAGAGAUGGGGAAGGACUACAUCUACGCCGUAAGCCCGUUGCUCGAGGACGCUCUCAUGGACAGGGAUUUGGUGCACAGGCAGACCGCUUGUGCCGCCAUAAAGCACAUGGCAUUAGGAGUUUAUGGAUUCGGUUGCGAAGACGCUUUGAUUCACCUUCUGAAUCACGUAUGGCCGAAUGUCUUUGAAACAUCUCCUCACUUGGUUCAGGCUUUCAUGGACGCCGUUGAUGGUCUUCGGGUCGCGUUGGGCCCGAUCAAGAUUCUGCAAUACACGUUACAAGGACUGUUUCACCCCGCGAGAAAAGUUCGCGACGUUUAUUGGAAAAUAUACAAUUCUCUUUACAUCGGGGGACAAGAUGCUCUCGUGGCUGGGUAUCCUCGUAUUCUGAACGACCCAAAGAAUCAAUAUAUUAGGUACGAAUUGGAUUAUCUUUUGUAAUAGAGGUAUAUCAAAUCAUAAUCUAUGAAGUAUUUUAAUCGAGACGCAACAUAAGGUGGUACGUGCAAGUUUUUCAUGGAGGUCGAUCGACGAUCGAUCACAGCUUAUAAAUUGCACUUAGUAACCGAAAGCAUUUUUAGAAAUUAAAUCACAUUAUAAUUAUCAUUGACACGUGAACACGUGUGAUAGGAUUUCGAAUGGCGAAGAAAAUGAGAAAUAAUGAAUUAACGAAUGAAUUCCAGAAAUUUAUAAUUUGUCGUGACCAAGUUCCGAGGUUAUAUGUUAUUUGUCGAAAGUACCGGUACCUUUUUUUUUUUUUUAAAUCCAGUACAGAACUCUUCGUGCAAUUGUAAUUUAUGUACAUUCAUAAACUCUGUCAAAUUAAUGACAAUAAACAGCUCCGCAUAAUAUAAAUUAAAUUAACUAUUCGCAAUUUAUGCGACCACCUCUAUACACGACAAUUAACAGACGAUGCACUUUAUUAUCACUACAUACCUGUAUAAGUUAUACGCGUUUAGUGCUUUCGAGUUUAGAUUCUUUUUCCUAAAAAUCAAAAGAAUAUCACAGCGAAUGACAAGUGUAAUGUUACGUCUAUCUCUGCCAGGUGUGGGCUGCUGAAAAAUUUCUAAAUAUGACAACGAGACUACGGAUGUUGAAUGAAUUAAACUAAUAUACAGUAACGGAUUUAGUUUCUUUUUGCUGUUGAACAAGAUGAGAGUGACGUCAUUAUUAAACUCACGAUCUUUCCUUUGUGCAGCUAAUUUAUCCAAAUUUUCAAAUUUCCAAAUAAGGUCAUGACGCAACAUCACAUUUGAAUAUCGUUCGAAUCUAGAUUCACGUCACAUUCACAGAUUGUCCCAGUGUAGGUAAAAUAUUUUCAAAACUUACAAUUUGCCAUCGAUUCCACCUGGUUGGUUCCUCGACUAUCCUACAAAUUUUACUGACGAAAGACAAUCUGUUCGGCAUGUAGAUCACGUAUGUAUUUGGUAUAACUAUAUUCAAUGUAAGUUUGAUAAUAAAUCAGAAUGUAUUAGAAAUUA